ACGAUCGUGAAGUGUCACACUAGUGUCAGGGUUUUUUGUUUUAAACGAAAUAUUCUAGUGAUAUUUAUAGAUGUAAAAAAGGAAGUUGUAAGUUCGUCGUGCUCAAAAAGUGCCCGGGUUGUUAGAUCAAAAAGUGUUUUGUGGCAAAUCAUGGCAAAAACCUACGAUUAUUUGUUUAAAUUACUGUUAAUAGGUGACUCGGGAGUUGGGAAGACUUGCGUUCUCUUCAGGUUUUCAGAAGACGCUUUCAAUACAACCUUUAUUUCCACAAUAGGUAUUGAUUUCAAAAUAAGAACAAUAGAUCUAGAUGGGAAAAAAAUAAAGUUACAGAUAUGGGAUACAGCUGGUCAAGAAAGGUUCAGAACCAUCACAACUGCAUAUUACCGAGGAGCAAUGGGUAUAAUGCUUGUAUAUGACAUAACUAAUGAAAAGAGUUUUGAAAACAUCAAAAACUGGAUCCGAAAUAUUGAGGAGAAUGCCUCAGCAGAUGUAGAAAAAAUGUUGUUAGGAAACAAAUGUGAACUGGAGGAAAAAAGACAAGUUUCAAAGGAGAGGGGAGAACAACUUGCUAUUGAAUAUGGUAUUAAAUUCAUAGAGACUAGUGCUAAAGCCAGUAUUCGUGUUGAGGAUGCCUUUUUCACAUUAGCUAGGGACAUCAAAGCAAAAAUGGAGAAGAAAUUGGAAGCUAGCAAUCCUCCCAAAGGCGGUCACCAACUGAAAGCAUCCGAGCCCACAAAAAAAUCUUCAAGUUGGAUUUCGAGAUGCACCAUACUUUGACAAAUUGCUGUAGUGGUUCAAUGCGUAACAUUCAACACAUUUGCGCCCUUUAA